AUUAAGAGUGAAGUAGAAGUAUACUUGUUCUGUGGAAGAAGAAAAGGAAGAGAAAUCACACAGAAAUGGGGACCACAAUUUUAGCUGAUGGAUUGGAGAAGAAGAGAAAGAUAGAGGAAGAAUGGAGCUCCAUUUACCUAUCCCUGACCCGACCCGACUUCCCUCCCCACUUCACAUUCGGCGUCGCCACCUCUGCUUUCCAGGUUGAAGGGGCUUGGAAUGAGGAUGGCAAGGGUUCCAGUAUUUGGGAUUCUUUUGCCCAUGUUCCUGGCAAUAUCUGUGAUGGAAGCAAUGCAGAUGUUGCUGUGGACAAGUAUCAUCGGUACAAGGAAGACAUUGAGCUGAUAGCCAAGUUGGGGUUUAAAGCUUACCGAUUUUCCAUAUCAUGGAGUCGUAUUUUUCCAGAUGGUUUCGGGACCGAAAUCAAUCUUGAAGGGAUAAGGCACUACAACAAUUUCAUCAAUGCACUUAUAGAAAACGAUAUUCAGCCGUAUGUAACACUUUACCAUUGGGAUCUUCCUCUAAAUCUUCUCAACUCCAUGGGUGGUUGGUUAAAUGAACAAAUUGUAAAAUACUUUGCCAUCUAUGCAGAAACCUGUUUUUCUAAUUUCGGCGAUAGAGUGAAAAAUUGGAUAACAAUAAAUGAGCCUCUUCAAACUGCUGUGAAUGGUUACUGUACUGGAGUGUAUGCCCCUGGAAAAUGUGGGAAUUCUUCAAGUGAAAUGUAUUUAGUUGCUCAUCAUCAGCUCUUAGCGCACGCUGAAGCUGUUUCCAUUUAUAAAAAUAAAUACAAGGAUAAGCAAGGAGGAGAAAUAGGCUUAGUUGUGGACUGUGAAUGGUCAGAGGCUCUAUCGGAUAGUAUAGAAGACAGAAAUGCUGCAACCAGGCGUCUCGAUUUUCAGCUCGGAUGGUACUUGGAUCCAAUCUAUUACGGGGAUUAUCCCGAAACAAUGCGUGAAAAGCUCGGAGAUUCCCUGCCACAUUUUUCGGAGAGGGAUAAAGAGUUGCUCAAUAACUCCAUAGACUUCGUUGGUCUAAAUCAUUACACAACUAGGUUUGUUCGUCAUGCAAAAACGGACCUUGAAGAUAAUGAUUUCUAUAGAGUCCAAGAGGCAGAUAGAAUUGCUGAAUGGGAAGGUGGAGAGAUGAUAGGCGAGAAGGCAGCCUCAUCUUGGCUUUACAUUGUACCUUGGGGUUUACGGAAAGUUCUCAAUUACAUUUGUACAAGGUACAACAACCCACCGGUGUACGUAACUGAAAACGGUAUGGAUGAUGAAGAUGAUUCCACAUCUCCAUUCCAUGAGAGGCUGGAUAAUAAAUUACGCGUUUCGUAUUACAAGGGGUACCUUGCAGCAGUUCAUCAAGCAAUUAAGGAUGGAUGCGAUGUGAGGGGCUAUUUUGCAUGGUCUUUAAUGGACAACUUUGAGUGGCAUCUUGGAUAUACCAAGCGGUUCGGUCUUAUUUACGUUGACUACCGAAACGGCUUGACCCGACAUCUCAAAUCUUCUGCUUAUUGGUUUUUGCGGUUCUUGAAAGACGAACAAGGUAAAAAUGGCAAAUUGGAUUAGCCAAUUGUGUCCAAUGGCAAUUUUCAUGCUUACACAUUUUGUAGGGCUGAACAUUAAGAACGAAUAUCAUUAUAGUGAAGCUAACCUUAUAACAAUCUGAACUUUU